CAACAACAUCAACAACAACAACAACAACAACAACAACAACAACAACAACAACAACAACAACAACAACAACAACAACAACAACAACAACAACAACAACAACAACAACAACAACAACAACAACAACAACAACCACAACAACAACAACAACAACAACAACAACAACAACAACAACAACAACAACAACAACAACAACAACAACAACAACAACAACAACAACAACAACAACAACAACAACAACAACAACAACAACAACAACAACAACAACAACAACAACAACAACAACAACAACAACAACAACAACAACAACAACAACAACAACAACAACAACAACAACAACAA